CAGCACACUUUUCCAGCACGAGCAAAAGCCCCCGCACUGACUAAAUCGCGAACAAAAGUUUGCCAGGUGGCUAAGCGUUGCUCAGGACUAAGCACCAGGCGUGCGCUAGCAUUGCACGAGCUUUAGCAGCAGUGCCUGCUAGAACAAUGCGCGGCGCGUGGUGCCUGCUCGCAACGUCACAUGCGCUCAAACCGGCGCUAGACCGGCGAUCAAUCUUAGGCGCCUACGCCUCAUUAGCCUCACUCCCCGCGAACGCCGCGGCUUUGCGCCAAGCCGAGUUAGAAACCAUACAACUCUUCGAGAAGGCCACGAAGAGCGUAGUAUUCAUCGACACCUUCGCGGAGCAACGGGAAGCCGUGUCCAUGAACAUGGACGUGCCCCAGGGCACGGGGUCUGGAUUCGUCUGGGAUGAUCGAGGGCACAUCGUCACGAACUAUCAUGUUAUAAGAAACGCCGCCGCCGCUGAUGUUACAUUGUUAGUGGACGGCGGGACGAAGCUGUCGCGGAAAGCGCAGCUGCGAGGCGUCGACCCGGACAAGGACAUCGCUGUACUUACCGUAGACGAUAUACCUCGAGACAAACUAAGGAAGAUCGCCGUCGGUACGUCUUCUAACUUACGAGUGGGGGCUUCCGUGUUUGCCGUGGGCAACCCCUUCGGCCUGGACCACACGCUGACGCAGGGCGUCAUCUCGGGCCUAGGACGGGAAGUACGCAGUCCUACCGGAAGACCAAUUACAAAUGUCAUCCAGACGGACGCCGCGAUCAACCCCGGGAAUUCCGGUGGGCCUCUCUUGGACUCGUCCGGCCGACUCAUAGGCAUGAACACGGCUAUAUAUAGUCCUUCUGGGGCGUCCUCGGGUGUCGGCUUCGCGAUUCCGGUGGACACUUUAUCUACGGUCGUCAAGGCCUUAGUUGAUGAUGGUAGAGUGAGGAGGCCCGUGUUGGGUAUUACCUUUCUGGGCGGCCAGCAGGCCAAGGCGCUGGGCAUCGACGCGGGCGUGUUGGUGCUCGCCGGUGAGGAAAUCAAACUUCAACAAUUUGGGGUCUCUCGUGGUCUGCGUGAGGUGCUGCUCGCUCUACGCGGUCGAGUGUCCCAGUUUGAGCCGAAAACAUGGCCGCGGUCACUGGUUGAUUUCCACACAGGUACUAGCCGCGCCAGCGGACGGCCCCGCAGCUCUGGCGGGCGUCCGGGGCACUUCUCGGUCGCCAGACGGCGCGCUCACACUAGGAGACGUUAUUGUGGACGUCGACGGGAGGAGUAUUAACGGCGAGGCGGACCUAUUCAAAGCAUUAGAUCGGAAGCGGCCGGGCGACAGCGUGAAGGUGACGGUCGCGCGGGGCCAGCGCGUGUCCGCCGACGGCGCGCCCGACGACGUCGUGACGGCGCGCGUGCCCGUCGACAUUGUCCUGGGGGCGGCGGACGACGUCGCUUCGGUGCCGCCGCUAUCCGGGCGGCAACGGACACCACCUAUAAAGAGGGAUUUCUAGUA